CCGGAGUGGAGAGCGUGGUUUCUUUCUUUCUUUCUUUCCUCCCUAUCCUUCCCGGGAAUACUUCCCGAUGGGGUACAUUCGGCCUCGCCGUCGCAUUCGAGGUUGAGUUCCUUCGUGUCUGCUCCGGAGGAAACCUGGAAACCUGGGAACCUGGAAAACCAAGAGAUGGCGCCUCCGAACGGGUCAGCAACAUACAAGAAGAAAGAGGGCACUUUGAGUCUCAGUUCUGAUGGACGGAGUGUUUCCUGGAGUCCUGCUACGGGGGGGCAAGGUGUGCAGAUUCCCGUUGCAAAUAUUACCAACCUCCAGCAAACACCCGUUACAAACCCCAAAGUCAUGCUGAAGAUCUUUGCCCAGCAACCAAAUGCCCCCGUGGACCAGUAUGUGUUUUCGUUCACGGCGGGGACAAAUGCCCGGGCGGAGGCGGAUGCGAUCAAAGAUGCGCUGAGUGCGGCGAUCCAGGCGGCCAAAGUUCAGAAUGAUGUGGUGGGAAAUACAGGAGGAGCGGGUACGACAGGAGCAGCGGGCAUGUCUGCCGCGAUGGCGAUGGCGAGUGCAGUCUCGUCUGUGGGAAAAAGUCCCUGGGACGACGACAAUCGACUCAAAGGGGACGCAGAGCUACAGCAGUCCCUACUCAAGGCGGACGCAGGGUUACAGCGGAUGUUCAUGGAGUCACUGCACACGAAGCCCGAGGGCCUGACGGCCGCGCAGUUCAUGGCGCAGUUCUGGUCGACGCGGCUGCAUCUGUUACGCGCGCAUGCGAUCGAGCGGGCGCAGACGCGAGGGUCGUACAAUGUGCUGUCGACGCUGAAGCCGCGCGUCGAGGAUAACGUGACGAAGCUGAACAUCAGCAAGGAGCAGAUCGGGCUGAUCUUCGCGCAGCACCCGCUCGUCAAGCGCGUGUACGACGAGAACGUGCCCAAACUGAGCGAGCAGCAGUUCUGGUCGCGCUUUUUUCAAAGCCGGCUGUUCAAGAAGCUCCGCGGCGAGCGCAUCUCCGAAAACGACGCCACGGACGCCGUGCUGGAUAAAUAUCUCAAAGCAGACGAGACCGGCGGCCUCCCUGCUGCUACUACUACUACUGCUGCUGCUGCUGCUGCCCGACAGCGUGAUGGCGACCAGGUCCCGCACUUUAUCAACCUAGCAGGUAACGAGGGGAACCUUAGUCUCAAGGGGAACCGGCCGGACUGGGACAUGCGGCCCUCGUCGGUGGAAAAGGUGCCCAUCAUCCGCACGCUGAACAGUCUGAGCGAGAAGAUCAUGGCCGGCGUGGCUCCUGCGGACCGGGAUCCCUCGGCGCCCGUCGGCAUGGACGAAGACACGUUCAACCAGCUGCAGCUGCGGGACCUGCGCGAUGACGAGCUGCAGAGCCGGGUUCUUUUGAACAUCCGCGAUCAGAGCCGAUUCUUCUCCCAGGGGAAAGGAGAAGAUGAGGAGCAGAGUCGGUUGGCGGCUGCCCAACAACAACAACAAAAGCAGCAAGAUCCCCAGAUAAUCCUGCAGCGUCUACGCACCAUCGUGGAGCAGACAUUACCGGAUGAUGGGUCCGUGGAGCUAGGGAAACUCAUCGAACCAGAGGAGGAAGACAGCGACGAGGAAAAGCAGAAUAAGCAGCGGGUAGGAUCCAAGGCGAGCCUACGCGGUGCGUCGGCCCAGAUCCUCGAGGCGAUCCGAGACCGACGCGCCCAGACGGAAGUGUCCUCGUCUGCGGCGGCGGACAACACGUACGGCCUCUCGACAACACUGUACGACCGGCUGACGCUGACGCACGCGACUUCGACCGAGUUCCUGCAUCAGUUCUGGCAGGCGUUCCUGUCGGGUAACCCGGACCGGGCGGGCGAGCUGGCAUCGCUCGUGGAGUCGCUACAUCGCGCGAACGAGCGCAUCCGCGCCGUGGCCACCGACGCAGAGGCCGAACGCCUGGUAGAAGUCAACCGGGUGAAACAGCAUGCACGGGAUGUCCUCCAGGCGACGGGCCGCAAGAUCCGCGUCAACCUGGCUGGGGUGCCGGGGGGGGAACGUGUGGUCCUGCAGCUGUUGGGGCCGACGGUAAAGGCGCUGGACGUGGCUUUGACGAAAUAUAAGCUUGCUCUAGAGAGUAUACAGGAAUAACAUACGUUAGAACAUUAAGGACGGAGUAU